UUCACCUUGUCAGCUCGGGGAUUCAAUCUUGCAACCUUUCGUUUACAAGUUCCAACGCUCUAACCACUAGGCUCCUGCUAUCCCUAACUCUACUACCAUGCACACUACCAUGCACACUACAAUGCAGCGUAGUAGACAGGGUGCUGAGGACUCUGGGCCCUAUUCAAUCAAAACCUGUCAGGAGAUAAGAUGGCCCCACAGAUACACAGUUGAAGACAGUAAGCAAUCAGCAGAGAUGAAUGAUUUCUGCAUGCUCGCCACUACACUGCCGCUUUGCUCUGGUUUGGCAUCAUUAAGACAGGGCUUUGAACUUAGUAAAGAGAAAUGGGUGGGAGGACUAGGCCAGGGAGAGUGGAUGGGGUGUGGCCCUGGGGGGUCUCUUUAAGAUCACAGUCAGGAAGUGUCUCCUGCCUGCUGCGUUCGCCGCUCGUUCACCAACUAGUGAAACUGACGCACACUGGCACUGGGAGACUGGCACCAUGCCGUACUAACCUCUCAGUGGACAAUUAAACAGGAAGAGAGGAGGUACAGGCUCAUUCACACAGGCAAAGUCACUCAUUGGCAAAGUCAUUGGGAUUGUGACGAGACAGCCACACACGAGCUCUAUGUAGAGACCCAGAGACCUCCUACAGAAAAUACCAUUACACGUGCAUACAGUACGCUGAAAUGGACCGUUUUGUUGGUCGGUGUGAAAGCCAAUGUGACCCUUGAAAAUAAAGAGAAAUUGUUAAGUCUUGGAAAGAUUUUAAGGAAAAAAAACAGCUGAAUUGGAUAUUUCACUUGUCCAUAUUGAGUGAAGAUUGCUGAGUUUUUCUCUCCAUAUUGAGUGAAGACUGCUGAGUUUUUCUCUUCAUAUUGAGUGAAGACUGCUGAGUUUCUCUUCAUAUUGAGUGUUCCCUGUGAAUUUCACAUCUUCAACAUUAAAACUUCAAUCAAAGGAGGGUAAGGACAUUUUCAUUUAUGCAUUUAAUGUAAUUUAUGAUUAUGUUUGACAGUGUAUAGCAAUUCUGCAUAACAAUUGAAUAUUUUUUUAUGUCACAGGGAAGAGUAUAUAUUCAAGCAUUUCAAUGUAGUUUUUCGCUUAAUGGCCUACUUCACAGCACAUUUUCGUGAGCUGUCCAAAUCAGACUGAAUGAAUGCAGAUUCAUGAAGGGACAUCAAGUGUAUUUUCAGGGAUUUGCCUCAAAUCUCUCAUCAAGUUGUAGAAACAUAUUUUUAAAGGGAUUCAUGUCUUCUGAGUAUCAGCCUAUAGACCCCUGAAUGGAUCCAACUUUGAAAAUGUGCCUCGGUUGCCAUAGCACCUGUUACUGCACUGAAUGUGAUUCUAAGCUGUUUAGACUCCUUAUGUAAAGCAGAAGGCCAAGCGGAUACAGAGACAGGCGGACGGACGGACGGACGGACAGACAGGUGGAGAUUUACUUCUGGGCGUGAGGAUGAACGGCAGCCAAUCAAACCUGUCUCUGAAGUGUGUGCGUGACACCAGCGUGACGGCGGUGGUCUUCCCCUGUCUCUACAGCGCCCUCUUCCUGUUUGCGCUGGUACUCAACUGCCUGGCUGCAUGGAUCUUCUUCAACAUCCGUAGCACCACCACCUUCGUGGUCUACCUGAAGAACGUAGUGGUGGCAGACCUGCUGAUGACCCUGUCCAUCCCGUUGAAGGUCCUCGCGGACGCCGAUGUGGGCUCCUGGCGUCUGCGUGCGUUCUACUGUCGCUACUCCGCCGUCCUCUUCUAUACCACCAUGUACAUCAGCAUCCUGCUCCUGGGGCUCAUCAGCCUGGACCGCUACCUCAAGAUAGUCAGGCCCUUUGGGAAGUGCGCCCUCCAGAGGGUCGGGGUGGGACAGGCCUUGAGUGCGGCCGUCUGGGCUGUGAUGGUGUCUCUGGCUCUGCCCAAUGCCAUUCUGAGUGACCGCACACCGCUGUUCUCUGGUGGCCGGCUGAAGUGUACCUCUCUAAAGGGUCAGGCCGGCAUGCUGUGGCACGAGGGCUUCAACUACUUCUGCCAAGUGGUGUUUUGGGGAACACUGGCUCUGAUGCUGUUGUGUUACACCUUCAUCAGUCGGAAAGUCUACGAGUCUUACAAAGCCUCGCGUAGUGGCUCCAAAGCGGCCAGCCGUAGGACCAAGGCCAAAGUCUUUGUGGUGGUGGGGGUGUUUUUCGUUUGUUUCGCCCCUUUUCAUUUCGCCAGGGUGCCCUACACUCUCACCCAGACCCGAAACAUAGACAACCACUGUCGGGCGCAAAACGCACUCUACGUUGCCAAGGAGACCACUCUCUGGCUGUCUGCCACUAACGUGUGUCUGGACCCGCUGAUCUAUGUGUUCCUGUGCAGGGUGUUCCGGAAAAGAUUGACUGCCACACUCAACCGCAAGCCCCUCCCCCAGGGCGGUUUGGAAUCGCCCACGGCAACCUCCACUCAGCUGGAGAUGUCUCAGAUAGUACAUAACAGAAUGUUGGAUGUCAGUUCGGCCUAGAAACACAACUGACAUGUUUUUUUUCCCAGCUCUAUUAAAUUGUAAAUAUAUUUAGGCCUGAUGUUAACCCCUGGACAGGUUGUGACCAGAGUAAAGCCCUCAAAUCAUUUCUGGAUAAGUGGCUCUGUUACUAAGACAGUGUUGCAGGUCUAAUAGGCUAUAUAAACAGCAGUGUUCCCACAUGACCUCUGUGAUAGCCCAUGUGUGACGAGUAUUUUGAAACAAAAUGGCUGGUGUUACAUCAGAUAACUGCAGCAGGGCUUUCUAAAUAUCAUCACCAGACACAAGAGUCAACCCAGGCUAAUGUGUCGGUCUCUAAUGAUCGCAAAGUCAUCCUGUCUUUUUUUCUCAGCGUAAUUUACUGUCAGCUCUCACUUCCCUUUUCCUAAUCUUCUCCAAAAAAUACUUUCCUUCUUCUUAAUUUCACCAGAAAGGAAAACAACUCGACUGAGUGCUUUUAGAUAAUGUGAGUGUGACGAUGUAACACACACGCUUACGAAAUGGUAUGUUGUUUGUGUGUAUAGUAUAGGGUGAUGCAGUUUUUACAUGUUGUUGGAAAGCAAGACAAAAGCACAGUUUCUCAGACAUCUCAUGCAAAUACACUACAUGUACAAAAAUAUGUGGACACCCCUUCAAAUUAAUAGAUUCAGCUAUUUCAGGCACACCCGUUGCUGACAGCCAUGCAUUCUCCAUAGACAAACAUUGGCAGUGGGAUGGCCUUACUGAAGAGCUCAGUGAUUUUCAACGUGGCACCGUCAUAGGAGGCCACCUAUCCAACAAAUCAGUUCGUCAAGUUUCUGCCCUGCUAGAGCUGCCCCGGUCUACUGUAAAUGCUGUUAUUGUGAAGUGGAAACGUCUAGGAGCAACAACGGCUCAGCUGCGAAGUGGUA